AUGACAGGCUGCAAGCCUAGCACCCUUCCUAUGCUUCAACAACAACAUUUGGCCCUUGCCUUAGGACCUUUGUUAAUUGGUGCAGCUCAAUAUAGAAGACUAGUUGGAAGGUUGGUCUAUCUAACAAUCACACGCCCAGGCAUAACAUUUGUCGUUAAUGUUCUGACUCAGUUUAUGAGUGCUCCAUGGCAAGAUCAUUGGGAUGUAGCCAUUCAUGUUCUUCGAUAUUUGAAAAACACAGUUUCUCAUGGGAUUCUCUUGUCUGCAACAAGCAACUUGAUUCUUAAGGCCUAUUGUGACUCCGAUUGGGCUGGUUGCCCAGUUAGUAGGCGGUCAACCACAGGCUACAUUACAAUGCUGGGUGCCUCCCCUUUAUCUUGGAAACCAAAGAAACAAACCACUGUUUCAAGGUCUUCUGCAGUAGAAUAUCGAGCUAUGAUAGCCUCCACAAGUGAACCUCUAUGGCUGAAGUGA